ACACAGCAUCUCCGAGUGAAAUGCGCUGUGCUGUUCCAACAUAGACAGUCUGUCACUGUCGAUCGCGCAACGACACACGACUCAACUGCCUCUCCAGCAUCAAGGGGAGACGGGUUUGGACCGACCCGUGUUGCAAGAACCGGAGCCGAAGAAGGAUCGCUGUGAUUUCUAUUGAGAAAGGAACAGGACAGACCAGCUCCGUUCGGUAUCACCCCUACCGUGCCUAUGAAUAAAAGUUUCGGAGAAUAACCUCGCAUUUCUUACAUGAAUGAAUUGCUCUCAGCGGGAAAAAGGUUGCAAUGUGAUGCACAUCGUCUUUGGAAGAUUUUGGGAUUCUUUAUGUUUUAUCAGUCAGUUUUGCGCCAACAUCCGCCACGCUGAACGGAGAAGCGCGUCAUAAAACUUAAAGUAUAAUUGCUGAGCUGUUUGUGCAGUUAUACUCUGGGAUUCACCUUCAGCUGCACUUGCACACAACUAACCAAUCUCUUCCUUGUAGCCCCGGGGAAGAGCGCGGCGGUGCCUGGAUGUAUGUAGCGGGCGGAGGGUCUGUGUGCGAGGGACAGUAAAGUAGAACGGGGACCAAAGCGCCCGGGUGGAAGUCGCGAACUCCCCCCUGCAUCACUUACGCUGUGUCCGGCCGUCUCUUACUAUCCCACUGCGGACAACAUGAUUUUCCUUGGGGUGCUGCUGAACGUCUUCAUUCGUGGCAGUGUCCAGGCCUCCGCGCCCCUAUCACUGCCCGCCAUGGACUGCCUGGAUGCGGAGCAGCAGUGUGUGUCCGACCCCGGGUGCGAGGCCUCGUACCGGGUGCUGGAGUACUGCUCGGCCGAAGAGGCGGUGUCCCCGCUGGGGCCCGAGGCGCGCCGCGAGUGCCUGGAGGCCCAGGGCUCCGUGCAGCAGUUCCGCCCCCUGCUGGCCUGCAAGUGCCACCGCGGCUCCCGCAGGGAGGAGCUCUGCCUGAGGGUGUACUGGACCGUGAGGUUUUCGCAGGGGUACGAUGAGUACGAGACAUCCCCAUAUGAGGAUCUGGAGCUGGAGCUGGUGAGAAACAUCGAGAUGUCACGGAUGGCUUCCAUCGUGGCAGCCUCUUCUCUCCCUCUGGACGGGCAGAACCAGUGCCUGAAGGCGGCGCAGGACUGCGGCCUGUACGAGAAGUGCGGCUCGCUGCGGUCCGAGUACGUGCUGGCCUGCACCAAGCGGGCGCCCGGCACCGACCACUGCAACCGGCAGAAGUGCCACCGGGCUCUGCGGCGCUUCCUGGAGCGCGUGCCGGAGGAGUACAGCUUCGGCGUCCUCUUCUGCCCCUGCAGCGACCCGCUGUGCGGGGAGCGCCGCCGCAAGACCAUCGUGCCCUCCUGCUCCUACGAGGAGCGGGACGGCAAGCCCAACUGCCUCAGCCUGCAGGGCUUCUGCAUGAGGGACGAGCUGUGCAGGUCAAGGCUGGCGGAUUUCCAGCAUAACUGCCAGCCCUCGGCCUUCUCCCCUUCUGGCUGUCAGAGAGAGAGUGGAGCAAUCUGCCUGAAGGCCUACGCUGGACUCAUUGGCACUAUCAUGACCCCCAACUAUGUGAGCAACAGCAGCGUGGAGGUGUCUCAGUGGUGCACCUGCGAGGGCAGCGGGAACCAGUGGCAGGACUGUCUGCGCAUUCUGCACACGUUCAACAACAACGUCUGCCUGCGUCAUGCCAUCAGUGCUUUGUUCAGCUCGUCGCCCCGCCCGGUGGAGAGUACCCCUCCCCCGCCUCCACGCCCCUCUCCUCGCAUCCAGCAUGAUGACAUCAGCAUCAACAUCCUCCCGGAGAUCAAUACUGUGGAAGAGAGUGAGGGGAAGGAAGAGGAGGAAGUAGAAACUGAAGAGCAGUUCAACAUGAUCCCUCCGUACUCCGAAAAAGCCACCGAGUCAAACGUGGGCUCCGGGGCCUGGGGGGGCCACAGGGGGGCCGUGGACCCCGCAACGUCCCUGCUACCACCGCUGCUGCUGACUGCCACCCUGAGCUGGGGGUUCCAGGGGUAGAGAGACCCCCUCGCCCUCCCCUCCCCACAC